GGCUUAUGUUCUCGGCGUUUUACAUGUGUGGCAAAUUAAAUUUUCUUUCGUUUUUUUUGUUGAUAAAACAUAUUCAUAUUUUAUCCAGCUGGUGCAGGUGUAACCUAAUAAUGUUAUAUUAUAAGUGACUUUAGUUAAAUAAAUUGUUACAUGGGAGUUUUCGUUGGCAUCGAAAAAGUCUAAACCGAGAACGUGAUUUGCUGACAAGAAGUCCACCCAAUAAAGUGCCUUAACUGGGUCCAGUACGAGUAAGAUUGAACUAGAUAAAGCUAACAUACAGCGGAAAGCGAUACUUUAGCGAGACCGACGCGAUCGGAACAUUAAUGGAAAAGACUGACAUUUGCGCUCUUAUGUUGGUAAUGAAGAUAGUGUUUCCUGUGCUGAAGAUUUUGGACUGACUAUAGGAAUUUAUUUCUUGGUGGUGUUAGACAAUUAAUGGAGCCGUAAUACCAAAAAGCUAAUCGCGCCAACGAGGCAUAACUAUAUCGAGUACAGGAUACCAACUCGACUGCAAUUCUCUUCAAGUGUAACCCAUGGAGACCAUUCCCAACUGUCAGCGAACGUAUUUUAUCGGCAAUCGGUUCACGAAGAAAGUGUUCCCGGGCCUUGUCCCGCACAUACAAUACCACCUCUGUCGCUCUAACACAAACAUGCUAUUGAAAAUCGAGAACGAACUGCUGCAAAGUCACCGUCAAAGAGAGACGACAGGCAUCAAAAAGUUGUACAACUCGUUCUUCGUACUCUUUUAACCUAAUCGCCGCAUUCCGAAAAACAUAUCAUCCAUCAUCAUUCAUCAUUCAUUCAGUGACUUUUAGUGUAGUGCGGGCGGUAUGGCCCGGGUGUAAUGGCAUUGUAUGAACAAGACAGAGACUAUACGGAGCUUAUUAUGCAUGACGGUCGCAAGGAAGACCCUUUCACGUGGGAGUCGUCAGUGAGGCUCACUCUUGUGGGGAGAGAGGAAGAACUAGGGAUGUAUUUGGAAGAGCGAGAGGGCCGGAAGAGGAAGUGGCACCAGGGCGAGGCCGACGGGAAGACCAUGCGGCGGGAGGAGAGCGACGAAAAGGAGCCAAGGAAGAUGCCACCAAAGAAAGUUAUGGCGUCACUGGGCGAGAUGGGCGGCAGCGGCGCCAGCUCGUCGUCGUCGCACAUGUCGCCGGGAUGGCAGGUCAACGAUCUAGACCUCGAUCUGCCCGGUGAACUGUCCAUGAACGAGGCCCUGUUAUCGCUGCCCUCGCUGUCGGUGUUCAAGCAAGAGGCGCCAUCGCCGACGGGAGCCGUGCUGUCUCCGCCGCGGCGUGCUUGGCCUUGCACGCGACGCCUGGAUGAACGACAGAUUACCAGCAUGGUGGUCGAUAAUGUGAAUCGCGACGGAAUGGAAGAGGGCUCGUGCCAACAGUCGCCACCACACAACGCCGCAAUGAUGACGCAGCAUUCUGGCAGCCCGGAGAUUCAGUGCCAACCUGCCAUGCCUCCGGGCGCCUUAAUGCCGAUGAGCGGCUACCACUCGCCUGGCUCUCAGGAGAACAAGAACGCAGGACUCUUGAUGUGCUCGCCUGUGAACUCGCUGGACGGUUUUCUGCACUCACCUGUACAGCAGCGCUCCGAGCCUAGCUUCAAAGACGACACAAGGUUCCAGUACGUACUGGCUGCGGCUACGUCUAUCGCCACGAAACAGAACGAAGAGACGCUGACCUAUCUCAAUCAAGGCCAACCUUACGAGAUCAAACUCAAGAAACUCGGCGAUCUCUCACACUAUAAAGGCAAAAUAUUCAGGAGCGUGAUCAAGAUUUGUUUCCACGAGCGGCGGUUGCAGUACAUGGAGCGCGAGCAGAUCGCGCAAUGGCACGCCGAACGGCCCGGCGAGAGAAUCGUUGAGGUGGACGUGCCUCUGUCGUAUGGUGUGAUCAGAGUGGAACAUCCGGCAAGCCUCAACGCCCUCCAUGUGUUCUGGGAUCCGACCAAGGAUGUUGGUGUCUACAUCAAGGUGAACUGCAUCUCCACAGAAUUUACGGCUAAGAAACAUGGCGGUGAGAAAGGCGUGCCUUUCCGCAUACAAGUUGAAACUUACCUCGCCAGUGACGACCUUACCCGCCUUCACGCCGCUGCCUGUCAGAUCAAGGUGUUCAAAUUGAAAGGAGCAGACAGAAAGCAUAAACAAGACCGCGAGAAGGUGAUGCGAAGACCUCGUUCCGAUCUCGAGAAAUACCAGCCGGGAUGUGAGGCCACCGUGCUUACUACGCUGUCGAACGAUGCGCUUAUGCCGCCUCCUUCGCUGGUCACCACAUCACCGCCGUACUCCCCGGAGCUGUGUGUGGCCCCAAAGGCAGUUGCAAACCCAAUGGUGGUGAACAAACCUGUUUUGCCACAACCUGGCAUUCUUGUCGCCAACCAGAUGAAACCACUGUAUUGUCCUGAUGAAAGCGAUGUUAAAGUGAGCAGUCCGCCAUGCCACUCGCCUGGUGCCAUCUUGCCAGAUCUGCCACAACCUGCUGAAGAUCCCGACAAGAACUGUGGACUAUCAAAGGACGCGACAUCAUCGGAGACUCAGUCGUGGCUAUCGUUGAACCGUUUCUCGCAACAUGCCGCCACCUUUGCCAACUUUUCGGGCGCUGACUUGCUCCGGUUGUCCCGCGAUGACAUUAUACAGAUCUGUGGCUUAGCUGACGGAAUACGCCUAUUUAAUGCUUUGCAUGCCAAACGUAUCGAGCCACGCCUGACGGUGUACGUGUGUCCCGGCGGCGGCAGCGUGUACAGCGCCCUGUACCUGCACACUUGCCGCGCGCAGGAGAUGCUCCACAAGCUCAGAGCGCUCCUUCACAACUCUGUUAACAAGGACUUUGAAACAGUAUUGGUACUGGGGCCCAAUGGCGCAAGGGUUCGUUUGACAGACGACCUGGUUCGCCACAUGCCUGACAAUUCCACUUACCAAUUGGAACAACUGGAGGACAACACUUUGUUACUGAGCGCGACCAGCAACUAAACUUCCAUACCAUUGAAGUUUGCAAGUGUAUAAAAGAUGAAACGGAUCACCUAUAUAUUGUUACGAGCUUGGGGUUCGAGACAAUUAAAAACUGCCGAUUGAAUUACCAAAAUUGACACUUUAAUUACACAACACUAAUUACAACUUAAAACCACACUAAUAAUAAAACACAAUUCUACUACUGAUCUCUUUAGUUCGCAGUUGUAUCGCUUCGAAGUAUUCGCUUGUAUCGCCAAUUAAAUUUUUACUCGGUUGCGGUCUAUACCGGCCUUAUAUAGAGCCUCAGGUAGUUUCUAGAACCUUCUACUAUAGAAACUUCUAGAAUGUUCGAGUACAUAUCGUUCCCGAUUGACUAGGUGUCGAUAGUUCUAGAAAGUUCUUGAUUCCCUAGUUCUGCUACUCGAUACUAGAGGGCGCUAGUGGUAACUAGUGUCGCCAUGUACCAUGUAUUAAUCGUGGAGCGCAACAAUAUUUUCAUGUGUAAAGAUGACUUGGAAUAUUUUUAAUGGUGUUUUAAAAAUUAAUUAUGAAAAAUCUGAUGUUUUAAAUUUCUAUAAGUUCGUGUAUCAGUAGCAUAUGUUAGUUGAUAAAACUUGAAUAUUCUGUUCUUUCUGAAGUAUUUAGAAUUUUAAGUAAAUGAUGCGAUGCUGUGUAGCUGUCCCACCAGAUGAUUAACGCUGAAAUUCAUAGUCAAAGAGUGGAGUGUGUGAAGAAUCCUCCGAUAUGAAUUAUUAAGUAUUUACCUAGAAGUUUGUUCUUAAAUCAAUCUUCUUUGCCUCUCACAAACAAUCACUGACUAAUCCCCUACCUGAAUAGAAUUUCAUGCAACAUUGUCUAUUAAUUAAAAAAUAAUUUUUGUCACUUUGUAAACUAUUAAAAUAUAAAAACAAAAUAAAGUAAGGUUAAAAUUAUACUGAUGACGAUUAUUAUAUGAUUGAUUGUUAUCACCAGUACUUUUUAUAAACUAAUUUAUUUUACAAAAUACUUUGUUUUCGUUGACGAAAUUCGAGAAAUUAGCAACCGAUCCCUGAUCCGCUUCGACACCUGUAGAAUUGGGGGUUUUCUUUUGUCUAUGAAGUGAUUUAAGAUUCUAACAUAGUGCCUGAAUCGUCCCGUAGGAGAGUAUGAUUUUUUUUUAUUUAUCUUGAGUAAUCGCUAAAAUAUGAAAAAAAAUGAAUAAAUUAAAAUUAUAAUCUAAACGGAGAUUUGCAUAGCGAACUCUGCUUUAUUGUGCCGCGUUAUUGGUGUCUUGUCUGAUAAAUUUUAUUAUUUGAAAGUAGAAGUCCGAAUUUUUGUUGUGUAAUUACAAGAACAAAAUUUAAUAAGUAAUACUGCGAUUCUUUAUUGAGACUGCAGACAUGCAGUAAAAUCAAAUAUUAGGACCAUUUUUUACUUUGUAAUUUCACUAACUUUCGCCUCAUUUGUUCAUGAUAUAAACUAACUCUCAUGUAUUGUGUUAACGAUAUCGCUUAUUAAGUAGGUAAAUAUCCUAGAUUUUUCGUAAUAUUAAAUACACCCACAUUUAUUUUUAUAUUCUUAUAUUAUGCAAUAUUAAUUGUGCAAUUGUAUAUUUUUAAGUUUAUUAAAGUUGUAUUAGGGGCAGCUGAAGUUAUUCCCACUAUUAUUAUGCUAGUUUUAAUUGUUCUUCGUAAGUAUUCAUGCGCUUGCUCAUAUUUGAUUCGUUUGAACAAGUUAGGAAUAUUUACAACUGACAUCUCGUAGGCAGACAUCGCCAUCAUGAAUAAAACAAAACAAAUUUAAAAAGCUAGAAUGCCCUUAUAUUGUCUAUGGUUUUAAUUGAAAAACUGUCAUUCAAUUCAACAUAAUUGUCCAAAACUACUUUUGUGAUUGAUCCCCGGAUGAAAGAAGCUUACACCCUCUUGUUUUGGGGAUGAUAUAGAAUGGAAAAUAACAGAAGGCGUGGCAGCAUCUCUUACUACUCCUCUGUUUGGGGUUGUGGAUAAGCUUAUAUUAUAGCGUAAGUUUUUGUGUGCUAACUCCUAUUCCAUUCGUUUAAACGAGUUUCUAAUAUUCACAACUGAUCUGUACUAUCCCACAAUCAGUUUCUUAGUAAAGUGUACAACAAUUUUUUUUGUGGUACACUACUCAGAAACUAUCACACUUUCAGGUUUGCGUUUUGACAUAGUAUUUUCGAUUCAUGUCUAGAUGUGUUAUCAAUCAUAUAUAAAUAUUAUUUUAUCCACAUUAUAACUGUAAUUUAAAAUUAAAAAAUUUGUACAACUGACUUCAAUAUAAAUUAUUAAGAAUAACUCAAAAGCUAUUGGUCAGACCUUGAUCAAAGUUAUAUGGGACCACACGAGAAGCACGAGCUUUCAAAUAAAAAUGAAUCAUCAAAAUCGGUUCACCCAGAAAAAAGUUAUGUGGUAAAACACACAAAUAAGGAAUAAAAACAUACAGUCUAAUUGAGUAUCGUCUCCUUUUUUAAGUCGGUAGAAAAAAUAAAGAUACAACAAUUUUCAUUAAUUACAUUUUUAUUGUAUUACUAAAUCUAUAAAAACAAAAAAAAAAUACUUUGUAGUAGUACCACGUUACAUACGUUAGAUGGUAGGCGAUGAUUAUGAUUGGAGCAUAACAUGAUGGAAAAAUGUCGGGGUAACCUCUCAGGUUCUGACAUAUUUUUUCAGAACAAUUCUUUAUUUAAAUGUUAUAAGAAUUAGCGAGCCAUUACAAAGUGGUACCUUUAGCCUAGUAUUUCGAAGGUGGAGAUCGCAAUUAUAAACAAAACACGUAUAUAAAAAUUUAAUACAUACGUAUCUGAAAUAAUAUAGUUCAAAAAACCACAGCAGACGUUGGGUAUUUCCAAUCGUAUCUUGAGCACGAAAACGAAUUUAAUGUGAGCGAGUGUAUGAUGCCGUUACCUAAGUUAUUAGAAUUACAAUAUAUUAUAAACCUUAUAUUAGUUGUGCCCGCAAAGGCAGUUAUUUGUAGCUUCUUCUAUGGAUUAUAAUUAUGAUUAUUGAUAUUGUCUUUCUAAUGUAAGAUUUUUAGUCUACAUACAUUAAUGUUUAGAAAGAGGUACCGCACCUUCAUUCGUGUAGAGAUGUUCAGAACCUGUGACGGUUUUUAACAUUUUGUGCCUUAUACGUGCCUGUCUUAUGGGCAGAUGUAGCGCUUGUUGCAUAACGGAGUAUUAAAGUAUAUUUUGUUAGAUUUUAUGUAUAACGUAUUAAAUACACAAGUUACUGUUGCAUGAAACAAUUUAAUUAGUAUUUAGAAUAUUAAUUAUAUGGAAAACCUAUACAUGUAAUUGUAUAGUGAAUAAAUUUUAUU